AUGGUAGCUUUUGCCAAUAAAGGUAAGAGCAAAAGACCCAAGUUUCUAUUCCAAUUGAAAAUCACAGAGUUGACCAACAUUCCUCAGAGCUCAGGUUACUGUUUUGUGAAAUGGCACUUGAAAGACGGUACGGGAACCACGAGCCUAUCAAUGAUCCCGGACGCUGACCAGGGAUCGAACUCAAGUGGUGCGAAAUCCAGUUCCCAAAGUCGGGGAACCACUCCGAGGGUGCUGGUAAAACACCAUCGGGCCCACUGGAACUACACUUUGCCCAAACCAGUGCAAGUGAAGCUGGUCACUGACAAGUAUAAACGUUUGACUCGAAAGGAACUAGUUUUGGAGGUAUACUUCGAGUUCUUAGAAUCCUCGCGUCCUUCUACUGCCAACGAAAAGUCGAGUGACGUUGACACGGCUUCCUCGCUGAAAAAUAGCGCACACUCACAGAAGGUGUCACGGAAAAUGUUGCUUGGGUUGGUAGAUGUUAAUAUCGCAGAAUAUGUCAACCCUGAACAGCGGCAGGUAGCCAGCCGGUUUCUGCUCCAGAAGUCCAAAGUGAACUCGAUCCUCAGUCUUUCCAUUCAAAUGGAACUAACACGCGGUAGUUUCGAUGACUUCCAGCCCCCUCAGUACUUAUCGUCAAAUCAACUCCCCCACGCACUUCGCAACGGCAUCACAGAUGUAUUUGAUGGCUCCUCUGGCGCAAGCUCCCCUGCUUCUUCUUCUUUCAUAGCGAAUGGCAGUGGUCAAGGCUCAACAUCUAAUGCUGCCAAUUCUAACAGCCUUACCAAAAAGACAACAGAUAUUCAAGGCUCGUUCUCCAUUGCCGUCAACAACCCGUUCGUGGAGAAACUGUACCAAAAAACGUUUCAACUCCCAUGGGACCCUCGCCCGGGCGAAUUCACGCCAAAAGAAUGUGUGGAGGAUAUCCUCGAGGGCGGCGACGGCUGGGCCAAGAAUGAAAAGGGUAUUAACUUGGUAGAUAUAGACGCGUUCAAGUUGGACGAAGUGGAAAGAGACUUCGAUGGUCAGCUUCAGGGGGUACCUAUGAAACUGGAUUAUGGGGAAAUUGAUCGACGUGCGUUUCUUGAAAGACGCGUGGGUUUUGAUAGCCAUACGAAUACGGAGAAACGAGGAGUCGGCGGGCGCAAGAAGUUGAACAAUACUAGUGAUCGAGCAAUACCAGAAGACGAAACUGAAUACUACGAGACUCCAAAUUUCAAAAGCUGGACAAUCAGUAAGAUUUUGCCGUGA